GCGCUCGGCCGUUCAGUCAAGAUCGAUCGGUCGUUCCGCGAAGAUUAGCAAGCUUCGGAAGUCGAGCGUGCGUGCGACGCUAUUUUUCUCUUGUUUCGUCAUUAAAUGCCCCCUUAAACUGCGCGUUGGUUUUGUGUUUGUUGUGAUGCGCGGUUACGCCACAAAUUAACAUGGUAAUUAAAUGUGCGAAUAAGUAAUCCGCUAGUAGGGCAAGUGCAAUUGAACCGUGGUGAGUUCGGUGGGAUUACGAUUAACGGGGUGUGAUCCAAGUAGGCAGUGUUCGGUUGUGGAACGAUGGCAAAGCCUGCUACGAAUAGACGAUGGACUAUAAAGUGGUGGUCAGCGCCGACUUGGAUGUCAUCCUUCGGUGGUGUUUUGGUGUUACUGAUUAUUCAUAUGCAGUCAAGCGGUGCAGUGUUGAAAGAGAAUGGACCAUGCGAGCUGAAAGGAACUCCCGGGACCUGCCGUCCGUACGCCACCUGCCGGGAAGCGGUCCAGGGCAACAUCCAGUUCUGUGGUCACUCCGCCAGCGGGGCCAUCGUAUGCUGUCCGAACCCCAAAGUCACCCUCGACAACCGGAACGCGUUUCCACAACCAUCGCUGCGGAAAGCCGGUCGAAAAUGCAGCGAGUAUCGGAAGCUGGCCAGUCGAGACUUGACGGCGAUUUCGUUGAGCUUGGUUUCGCUGGUGUCGCAGGUUAAGGUUCCAACGUGCGAUAGUAUUACCAAGCUGAUCGUUGGAGGGAACAUUACGAAGCCGGGAGAGUUCCCGCACAUGGCUGCCCUAGGGUGGCGCCAAACCAAUGGCGCCGUAUCGUUCAAGUGCGGAGCGUCGUUGAUCAGCGAACGUUACGCCCUGACGGCGGCUCACUGCUACGAUCAGUACGAUGGGGUGUUCCCGUCGUUUGUCCGACUGGGUGACCAGAAUUUGUACCGAGAUGACGAUGGAGCGGUCCCGAAGGACUACGAAAUAGAGGAUUUCAUCGUCCAUCCGGAAUAUAAGAGACGACUGGGGAAGUACAAUGAUAUAGCACUGAUCAAGUUGGCCAAGGAGGUUAAAUUCAAUAGGAACAUACGACCGGCGUGCUUGUACGACAAGGAAGAAGCUCCUUCAAAACCGGUGAUCGCUACUGGAUUCGGAUCCACGGGAGUCGCCGAGGACUUCUCCAACGAGCUGAUGAAGGUUUCGCUCGAGAUCUACGACAACCAGGUCUGCAACGAAGCCUUCGUUGGCAGUCGAGAUGUUAGGCGAGGUUUAGCGCAAGGUCAGGUUUGCGUAGGGAACGUAAAGGGUGGCUUCGACACCUGUCAGGGCGAUUCGGGAGGACCGCUGCAGAUCACCGACCAAGGAAACCACUGUUCAUUCUCGGUUUUCGGGAUCACUUCGAUUGGACGGGGUUGCGGUGGAAACAUUCCGGCGAUCUACACUCGCGUUGCAGCGUAUCUGGACUGGAUCGAGGCGAUCGUGUGGCCGUAGAUCGAGAUCAUAUGUGCCAUUUGUAUGGUUAGGAUUUUACAGAAAUAUAAACCUUUACAAACCUUGAA